UCUACCAUUCAAAAGCCAAAAAGUGAGAUGACACCAGAGGAGCUGGCUCAGAAGGAGCAGGAGGAAUUUAACACUGGUCCUCUGUCCGUGUUAACUUUGUCUGUCAAGAACAACACUCAAGUUUUGAUUAAUUGUAGAAACAAUAAGAAGCUCCUUGGAAGAGUAAAAGCUUUUGAUAGACACUGCAAUAUGGUUUUGGAAAAUGUGAAAGAAAUGUGGACCGAAGUUCCUAAAACUGGUAAAGGCAAAAAGAAGUCAAAGCCAGUGAAUAAGGAUAGAUACAUUUCAAAGAUGUUUCUUAGAGGGGAUUCUGUCAUUCUCGUUCUCAAAAAUCCGCUCCAAAAUUAA